UGGUUCUCUCGGAGAUAUCGCCGCGAGCAGGGCUUGCCACGGGGCAUGCGCAAGAAUGGUCAGCAGCUGUCGAUCCUCCAGCAGAACUUCGAGGCCAAUCCAUACCCAAAUCGCGCCCAGAAGAAGAGCAUUGCCGACCAGACCAAGCUGGCCUACAAGCAAGUUAACCAGUGGUUCGAAAACGAACGAAAGAAGCGUGGCAUUCGUCUUGAGUAUGAGAUUGUACAGAAGGAGGUCGGCGCCACCAGCUCGACGCAACCCGCCGUCCGCAUGCCCCCCGCAUACAAGUAA